CUAGCAGGCGUCACGGAAAAAUAGUGAGUUAAACACCGGUUCGAAAUUAGGACGAAAGCGAAAGGAGAGAUAAUGGGAAGAAAAGUAACAUUAGCAACAUGCACACUCAAUCAGUGGGCAAUGGACUUUGAGGGGAAUUUAUCAAGAAUUUUGCAAAGUGUUCAAGAAGCUAAAAGUAAAGGUGCUACAUAUAGACUGGGGCCUGAACUGGAAAUUUGUGGGUAUGGCUGUGCUGAUCAUUUUCAUGAGAAUGAUACUUUCCUACACUCAUGGCAGGUCCUGGCUGAACUUCUAGUCGCACCCGAGUGUCAGAACAUCAUCUGUGAUGUAGGCAUGCCAGUGAUGCAUAAGAAUGUGGCUUACAACUGUAGGGUCAUCUUUCUUAAUAAGAAGAUCUUGUUGAUACGUCCGAAGAUGAUGAUGUGUAAUGAUUAUAACUAUCGAGAGACACGUUGGUUUACUGCAUGGAGGAAAGAAAGGGAAACUGAAGAAUUUUAUCUACCUAGAAUGAUACAAGAUAUAACAGAACAGAUAAAAGUUCCAAUAGGAGAUGCUGUUAUAGCUACAUUAGAUACAUGUAUAGGUAGUGAGAUUUGUGAAGAACUGUGGAAUUGUGAAAGUCGUCAUGUGAACAUGGCUCUAGAUGGUGUAGAGAUUAUCACUAACAGUAGCGGCAGUCAUCAUGAACUGAGGAAAGCUUACGUCAGAGUAGACCUCAUCAAAUCAGCAACCAUGAAGUGUGGUGGAGUAUAUGUUUUUGCUAACCUGAUGGGCUGUGAUGGAGAGAGGGUAUUCUAUGAUGGAUGUUCCAUGAUAGCUGUUAAUGGUGAAAUAGUGUCUCAAGGCCCACAGUUUACUCUCAGAGAUGUGACUGUCAAUGUAGCUACAGUUGAUUUAGAAGAUGCAAGAGCAUACAGAAACUCCAUGAGAAGUUUCUGUGAAAGGAAUGCUAUAGCGCCAUCAUUUCCACGUGUGCAUGUAGAUUUUUGUUUAUCGAGUGAUGAUUACUUCCUGCCAACAACUCAUCCUAUAGACUGGCAAUACCAUUCACCAGAGGAAGAAAUCAGUUUAGGUCCAGCUAUAUGGUUAUGGGACUAUUUACGACGUAGUGGUCAGGGUGGAUUCUUUCUGCCUCUCAGUGGAGGAAUAGACAGUUCUAGUACAGCUUGUAUUGUGGCCUCUAUGUGCAGGCUGGUCUGUGCUGAAGUACAGAAAGGAGAUGCCCAUGUGUUAUCAGAUAUCAGGAGAUUAGUAUCAGAUCAGGGAUAUUUCCCAACAGACCCCCAGGAGUUGGCUGGUAGAUUGUUUACUACAUGUUAUAUGGGAUCAGAGAAUUCCUCGGAGGAUACCAAGUCGAGGGCAGCACAGCUGGCUAAACAGAUUGGCAGUUUUCAUCUGUCAGUGACAAUAGAUAUUGCUGUGGCAGCGGUUAUAGGUGUUUUUACUGCUGCACUCAAACUUGUACCAAAGUUUAAAGCCCAUGGUGGAGGUCUUAGGGAAAACCUGGCUCUACAAAAUGUUCAGGCUCGUGUGAGAAUGGUACUGGCAUACUUGUUUGCCCAGUUGAGUUUGUGGGCUCGCGGUAGACCAGGGGGACUGCUGGUACUUGGAUCAGCUAACGUUGAUGAGGGUCUCCGUGGUUACAUGACAAAGUAUGAUUGUUCCAGUGCUGAUAUAAACCCUAUAGGAGGUAUAAGUAAAACAGAUCUACGACGCUUCAUAAAGUACUGCAGUGCUAAGUUUAACUUCUCAGCUUUAGAAGGGAUAUACAAUGCACCUCCCACAGCAGAGUUAGAGCCCCUGGCUGAUGGUAAAUUAGCUCAAACUGAUGAGGAAGAUAUGGGGAUGACAUAUGAGGAGUUAUCUGUGUAUGGUAGAUUGAGGAAACAACAAGGUUGUGGACCAUACAGUAUGUUCUGUAAACUUGUUCAUAUGUGGAGCUGGCUCACACCUGAACAGGUUGCUGACAAAGUCAAACAUUUCUUCAGAAGUUAUUCUAUAAAUAGACAUAAGAUGACAACCUUGACCCCUAGUUACCAUGCAGAGACUUACAGCCCUGAUGACAAUCGCUAUGACCACAGACAGUUUCUAUAUAAUGUGUCCUGGCCAUGGCAGUUUACAUGUAUAGAUACACAGGUAAAAAGAUUGAAAAACUGUGUACCAAGCAGUGCAGGCAAAGCCAGUAACCAGUCAGCAGGGAAAUUCCAGCAGGGAACCAGUCAGAACAAUAUGGCAGCAGGAAGUGGAGGUGUGAAUAGUAACCAAGCUAACUUCACAUCUGGUAUAGUUGUAUCAUUGUCCAGUAAUGAAGAUCAGGGUACCAUAGAUGCUCGGCUUGGGGACCAGUCUAGUCAACUGUUACAAGGGAGGAGUGAUGUCUGUCCUACAGUGGCAACAACAUUAAUGACUUCCUUUGACAAGAAGUUAAGCCUUAAGUCAGCCAUCUCAUCUGUGAAGUCUGGCUCAUCAUCAUCCAACUCAUCACUUCAAGUGAGCUCCAUUCAGCCAGGAACUUGGAUCUGUAAUAUAUGUCUUAUACAAAACAAGAAAGAUGAUUCAAUAUGUGGCGAAUGUAAGGCUGCAAAAUCAGCAUCCAAGCCUAGUGAAUUAAACAAAUCAGACAGUUUGUUUGAUAAGUUCAAGCUAGCUGCUGGAAGUUGGGCGUGUGAUGUUUGCCGAAUACAGAACAAGUCUGAUGACAAUAAAUGUGUGGCAUGUCAGACCCCUAAACCUCUCACGCUCUUUAAGCAUCCCCCUGUUGACUGGAUAUGUAAUGGAUGUCUGAGCAACAACAAAGCAUCAGCUGUAAAUUGUGAAGAAUGUAAUAAUGCACGACCAGGGCCACCUUGUACACAAGCAGGAGUGUUGGGGAAUACCAGUCAGUCAAUGGCACCAUCUAGCCCUGUGUUUCAGGUUGGUGCAAAGUUGACAGAAUCUACACCAGCUGUGACCUCUGUAGGAUUUAAAGGACCAGUCUGUCCUCCAGUAAAUGCCUCAAGUGCCACUAGACCUAGCACACCCUCUGAUAGAAAAAUACUGAAAGGAGUCCGAAAAAUAAGAUUAUGAUCAAGAUUGCAGUAAUGGUUACAGCCUAUGACAGCAGCGUAGGGCUUGGGCAGUCCACUUUAACAUGUUGUUCAGAGGCUCUCUGUUGUUUGUUGCUCAAUUAUGUAUUUUGAAACUUAAACAUUUCACAAUGGAUCAUUUGAUAGUUCUGAAAUUUGAGUAUAAUAAGUCAAUUACAUUUAAUGAUGUAAAUGUAUUUAAAUACUUAAUUUUAGACAAAAAAAAAUAGUUACAUUUUCUUAAAAUAGAUCACUGUUUUAUGUUUAAGAUUGACAGGCUUACAGAAGCAAUUUAUUGUUCAAACAAUCUAAUGACAUUUUACAUUCAUUUCUUACAUGAAAAUAAUUAAAUUAUGUGAUUGUUACAUAUUAAGGUAUUACCAUCCUAAUGCAUUACCUCCGCUUUGAAGAGUAUUCAAAUAGGCUAGAACUACUGUUUACUACAUUGAGAAUGAGGGCCGUGGGUUCAAUCCCCAGAAGGGUCAACUUUUUUUUUUCUUUCUUUUUUUCUUUUAACAUUAUUUAUGUAUCUCUCAUGUCCCAGUUGGAAAGAAAAAAUUGUUUAAUUUUUAUUUUUUAAUUUAAUUAGGUAUUUAUUGGCUAAAUUAUGUUAAAUCUAGUAAAAAAUAUGGUACCUGAUAUUUUCAAAGUGUAAUAAAAUCAGUAGGAAAAUGGUCAGACACGUGGUAAAAAUGGGUGGGGUAGGGUAACAUUUUUAUACAGAUUUCAUAAAUUUUAAGUAGAAACCGUAAUUUUGCUUAUGUGGAUUGUUAGCUGAAUGGUACUAUUUGUUUCUUACCAAAAA